CAUCAUUCUGUGUGAAGUGGCGCUGUAGAGAACGGCGAGUCCAUUCAUUCGGUAGUAUUUCGCCGGUGAAUGGUGCUUUCAUAAUGAUGACCAACGAGAGUCACGACAGCUUGUCACAGUAUGAGUACGACUUCGAACGUAGCUUCGACGAGCGAGAAGCCAUCCAAUGGAUGCAGGAGAACUGGAGCAAAUCCUUUCUUUUCUCUGCUGUCUAUGCUGCUGUGAUUUUUGGAGGUCAACAUUUCAUGAAAGAGAGGCAGAAAAUGGAGUUACGCCGACCCCUUGUGAUAUGGUCUCUUAGCCUGGCGGUCUUCAGCAUAGUGGGUGCCUUACGAUCUGGAAAAUACAUGCUGCACAUACUGAACACAAGUGGCUUCAAGCAAUCGGUUUGCGACCAGAGCUUUUAUAAUGGCCCUAUCAGCAAGUUCUGGGCGUAUGCAUUUGUGCUGAGCAAAGCCCCGGAAUUAGGUGACACUGUGUUCAUUGUGUUGCGAAAGCAGAGGCUAAUUUUCCUGCACUGGUAUCAUCACAUUACGGUGCUGCUGUACUCCUGGUAUUCCUACAAAGACAAGGUGGCUGGGGGCGGCUGGUUCAUGACCAUGAAUUUCAUAGUGCAUGCUGUGAUGUACAGCUACUAUGCAGCUCGUGCAGCAGGAGUACGUGUGCCAAGGUCCUGUGCCAUGGUUGUUACCUCCAUGCAGAUUUCGCAGAUGGUCAUGGGUAUAACAGUCAGUGGAAUGGUCUUUCUCUGGAUGGGAGAAGGAGAUUGCCACUCAUACCCGGACAAUGUGUUUUUGGCAUCUUUAAUGUACCUCAGUUACUUGAUACUCUUUGCAUCCUUUUUCUACCAGACCUACCUCAAGGAUAGAAGCAAAGUGAAGAAAUCCUGAGCAGUGCAGCUAGAAUCAGCAUUUAGGGUGGGCAGGUCAUAUUGCAAAGGCUUCAGUGGGAAUGAGUGAGUGUGUAUAUAUUUAAGUAUGUGUCUGCCUAUAUGUGGUUUAAUGUGACAGACUACUGAGAAAAAGUUGAACGGGCAGGGAUUCCAGAUCCCCUUGUGUGAUUGAACUCUGGCUUGCUUAUAUGUGCAUGUUUGAUUAAAGGACUCUUUGUUAAAACUAAAGUUCAUAUUUUCUUUUGAACAUGUUCGUUGUCUAGGAAAGGAGAGCAGUGAUGCUUAUGCUACCUUUCCAGAUCCUAGUCUUUUAGGAGAUUAUUGUUCUAGAGAGUCAGACUGAAUCAAUAUUGUUUCUUCCUUUUUUUUUUGUUUUCCAAUUUUGGCAGCUCUCCUCUGUUGACUUGGCUUUAAAAUCUGCUGUCCAAUUAAGGCAACACCUAAUGCUCAAAAUGGGCCUUACUGUAAUUGGUUACCUCAGAUUUACUAUUUAACAUCAGUAAUUUUUCAACUGCUUUGCUGCUUUAUGUGCGACAUACUUAAGUCAAAGCUAAGCAAAUGGAGAAGGAGCUAAAUGUAGUAGUAAAUGGCAGGAUAGAAUAUGCAUGUCUCCUGUACUGUGAUUACUCGACUGUCUUUCACAUGCCUUGCAGCCAAACAACUGUUCAAGGUAUAUCAUGUAAA